UCCGGGUUAUCGGGGUAUGGAUCGCAUUUUAAUGCAAACAAUUAUUAGAUACAGAUACCUGAUUACCAGACGCUUUCGCUUAAUUUAAACACAACAAACAUGGGGAAGAAGCAUAAAAAGCACAAGCCGGAGUGGAGAACAGUUGAUGACUGUGAGGACAAGCCUUUUGAGAAGCAGCUGAAGCUGGUGCUCAAAGUGGGAGGAAGUGAGAUCACAGAACUCUCAGGCUCCGGCCAUGACUCCAGUUACUACGACGACAGGUCAGACCAUGAACGAGAGCGCCACAAGGACAAAAAGAAGAAGAAGAAGAAAAAGUCUGAGAAGGAGAAAGACAAACACGUAGAUGAUGAGGAGAGGAGAAGACGGAAGGAAGAGAAGAGGAAGAAGAGAGAGCGGGAGCAGAAUGAAUCAGAGGCUGCUACUGCCUCUGCCAGUGGUGUGGGCCUGCCCACUGUUGUGCCCAGUCACACUGGUGUGGCAGUCGAGCCUUUCAUGCUGCCAAAGAUACCAAACAUUGGUAUUAGUUUUGAGCAGCAGGAGGAGAAGAAGAGGAAGAGGGAAAGGUCUGAGAUUGAGCCGGAGGUGAUGGACCAGUUUCACCCCAACAUCAAGGUAGAGGUGGAGCAACAAGGAGACCGGCCUGUCAGGGCUUGCAGGACAGCCCCGGAGAGUGAGUGCACCCCUCGACAGCAGCUGCUGGAACACUUCCUGCGCCAGCUUCAGAGGAAGGAUGCCCAUGGGUUCUUCACUUUCCCAGUGACAGACGCCAUCGCUCCAGGUUACUCUGUGAUAAUCAAACACCCCAUGGAUUUCAGCACCAUGAACGACAAGAUCACAGACAACGAGUACAAAACCGUCACGGAGUUCAAGGCGGACUUCAAGCUGAUGUGUGAUAAUGCCAUGGUGUAUAACCGUCCGGAGACCGUUUACUACAAGGCUGCCAAGAAACUGCUGCACACUGGCUUCAAGAUGAUGAGCAAACAGGCGGCCAUUUUAGGGGACGAGGACUUGGCGUCUGAGGAGCCCCCUCCGGAGGUCAUCUCCAUGCCCGUGGAGUCGGCGUCGGCCAAGAAAUCUAAGAAACCCAAAGACAUCAAAGAUAUGAAGGAAGUCAUCAGCAGUUACCUGUAUGAGCCAGAGGGGAACGCCUGCAGCCUGACUGACAGCACAGCAGAGGAACACGUUCUGGCCCUGGUGGAGCACGCUGCAGAUGAAGCACACGACCGCAUCAACCGAUACAUGCCCAACUCCAAGAUGGGUUACCUGAGGAAAGAGCCUGAUGGUAAUCUGUUGUACACUGUAGUGAAUCAGCUGAAUCCAGAAGCAAAAGAGGAGGAGACCCACCCUGUGGACCUGAGCUCUCUGUCCAAUAAGCUCCUUCCUGGAUUAACAACACUGGGUUUCAAAGAUGACAGGAGACACAAGGUGACGUUCCUGAGCAGUACCUACAACACCCAGACCCUGCAGAACAACUCCAUCUACCCAGACCUGCUGCCUGAUGAGAUGGACCUGCUCUACUCAGCCUACGGGGAUGAGACUGGGGUGCAGUGUGCUCUCAGUAUUCAGGAGUUUGUUAAAGGUUGUGGGAACGUUACUAAGCGUUUAGUUGACGGGCUGCUGGAUAAGAUGACUGCAGGGGACCACUCUAAGGCUGUCUACCAGAUCAGACAGAAAAGAAACAUGGCGUUACCGGACGAACCCAAGAGCAACAUUUACGAUAUGCAGAUGGCUGAUGGGACAGGUCUGGGAGAGGGCAGCUCAGUGCUGGACUUCAUGUCCAUGAAGAGCUACUCUGACAUGUCUCUGGAGAUGUCCAUGCUCAACUCUUUAGGGAAGUCAGUGAAGAAGGAGCCGGGGCAUGAAGACGGGGUCAGUCAGCAGCACUUUGAGGAGGCAGCCAAGCUGCUGCAGGAGUUCCAGGAGGGCCAGGUGGAGAGGGGAGGCUCCAGGCCCUCCUCUAACCUCUCCUCCCUGUCAGGGACCUCCGACAGGGACCAGCACCACCUGGGGAGUCCCUCACACCUGGGUGUUGGUGACCAGUCUGAGAUGGUUCAUGACCCCUAUGAGUUCCUCCAGUCUCCAGAGCCAGGCUCCACAUCCAACAGCUGACCUAUGAGUUCCUCCAGUCUCCAGAGCCAGGCUCCACAUCCAACAGCUGACCUAUGAGUUCCUCCAGUCCCCAGAGCCAGGCUCCACAUCCAACAGCUGACCUAUGA